AUGGGGGAGACCGAGGGGAAGCUGCGGGCGUUGCGAAGGUUGCGCUCGUUGGUUUGGGGUCGCUUGCGCGUGCAAGCAGUGGAGGAGCUGGGGGCUGCUGCGACUGCCGAUAAGCUGAAGGCCAAGAUGAUGUGCCUCACACGGGCACUCUGGGCGAAGCAGUCGGCAGCAGUGCAGGCCAAAUUGCUAGCAGGAGACGAUGUCGGUGCCGACGAGUUGGCGCUACCAGCAGCGCAGGCGCUACCAGCAGCGCAGAGGAGGCUGCGCGGCAAGACGGCGCCGCCAGCGCCGCGUCCUGCGCAGGGCAGUGGCGCGGCCGCCGCAGCACCCGUCGCCGCUGCAGGGGGGGGUGGCGGAGGUUUUGUGCCGGAUGCUGACGCCCAACAGUCCGCGCCGCCUGCGCCGCCGGUUGCAUGUCGCAAUCAGGAGGCCCGGCGACGGGCGGCCAAGGCAUGGGCGAGGCACAUCCGGAAGGACGAGAUGGCCAAGAUCAAAGCUGAGCACCCGGGCCAGAACAAUGCUGACCGCGAGUGCAUCCUGCGACGGCGGGCGCGCGCAACCGUGGCCACGUGGACGCCGGAGGAAGUGGGGGCGUGGGCGGCCCAGCAAAGCGGUCCAGCAGUGCGGGACCACGCCACGAAUCUAUUCGUGCAGGGCCCCAUUGCCGAAGUGGCCGCUGGGCCGGGCGAGGGCGUUGGGGCCGCCGCGGCAGCCGCGGUUGAUGGGGCAGCCGUGGCCGAGGAAGCACCUGUGGAGGCGGCGCUUGUGGCUGAAGGAGGUCCUGCACAUGAUGCACGGGACGACGGCCCGGCCCCAUCUGCCUCGGAUUCGAGGACACGCAUGCGCAGCAUGCUCGCGCAGUCCCUUCGAACUGGCGCGCUGCGGCGCGGGUUGGAAUCGCUGCAGCCGGGCGAGGGGUCGCCGGCGGCGCCGCCGCCAGGCCACAGCGGACACCAGGCGCCGGGCGCGCCGUGGAGCAAGAUCACCGCCCGCCGCAGGCGCAUGAAGCGCUUGUGGGAGGCGCUGGACGCCGCUGCUGGCUCGCAGGAUCCCGAGGAGGCGGCGGCUGCUCUGGACGCCACUCUUACCCCACAGGUCAAGGAAGCUCUGCGCAGGAGGUGGGUGCGCCGACGCGCAGCAGCAGCAGUUUUUCGGCCUCUUCGGGCGUAA